GUAGCUUUGCUGUCUGGGGAGGUUUGUUCUCCAUGAUCGACUGCAGCAUGGUCAGGAUGAGAGGGAAGGAGGAUCCCUGGAAUUCAAUCACCAGCGGAGCCCUGACCGGAGCCAUAUUGGCUGCCAGAAAUGGACCUGUUGCCAUGGUGGGGUCCGCUGCCAUGGGAGGAAUUCUCCUGGCUUUAAUCGAAGGCGCGGGUAUUCUGCUGACAAGAUUUGCUUCCACACAGUUUCCAAACGGCCCUCAGUUUUCAGACGACCCCUCCCAGUUGCAGCCCUCUCCGUUUGGUGACUACAGGCAAUACCAGUGA